AUGAUACAAUGGCGAGUACUGAAUGGUUUAGUAACCACUAGUGGGAACUCGCCGAUUUUCAUCGAUUCAUGUCUGUCUGUCUGUCUGUCUGUCUGGCUGUCUAAAUUUCUCUCAAUAUUUCUUUUUUUAAUCCAAACAAUAAUAAUAAUUAUUUUAUUAUUUUGUAUUGGAGAAUCAUCAUCAUCUUCUUCAUCAUCACUCUAUAUAUCCAAUCAUUGUGAAUUAAAUUUAAAAUCCAUUUUAAAUACCAAUUUAAAUCCAAAACAUUUUGAUACAUUAACAUAUAGUGGAAAAUCAAUAAAUGAUCUUGGAAAUAUUGAUUAUUGUUUAAAACAAGAAACAACAGUCUAUUGUGUUGUCCAUGGAUCAUUAACUGGAGAUUUCCAAAGAUUGGGAGGAUUAUGUCUCGAACCAACUUGCACCAAACCAUCUUCGUUUAAUGUAGGUUUGUGUUUGCCAGACGAGUGCCAAGAACCUGAUGUAUUGGGUGCAAUGGCUAUUUUGUCUGGUCAUUUUCCAACCUUGGCAUUCAACUAUUCGGACGACCCAUCCAUUCGUUGCUACACUGAAACCAACCGAACAAGUCGACCCGAGUUGACUUUAGGAUCAAUCAUUAUGAUUUUAAUAACUCUAAUGAUCUUUACAUUGGUACUAUUUGGUACCAUUCUUCAAUAUUUAAAUAUCCAACAACCAUCAUCCACCUCUGAAUCAACGUCAUCUUGUAUUGGUCGUAAAAAGAGAACUGAUAGUAUUGAUGUUGAAUCUCAACAACAUUUACUUGCAAAGUUAAAUACUAGUACUGGUAAUCUCUCGACAGAGAAUACCCCAUCAUCCAAGAUUAUCCAAGUAUUCCUUGCAUUUUCCAUCAUCAAUACAUAUACAUCCUUUACAACUCCAUUCAAUCCAAAUCCAAAUACCAAUUCCGGGUUGAAUGUUAGUAGUUCCAAUCUACUUCAGAGUCAAUUUAAAAAGUAUUAUGGUUUCCUAGUGGCACAAGCACUCCUCCAACAAAUGGAAAAGACAUCGUAUUUGGAAGGAUCAAAGAUUGGGUUCUGGGCCAAAUACAUUGUACAUCGUUUGUUGCGUUUAUCGCCACUCUACUACUUUGUAGUGUUUUUCUUUUGGAAGGUGUCACCUCUACUUGGAUCUGGUCCACUCUGGUUCGAGUACGAGGUUAUCACCAAAUCAUGUGACCGUUUUUGGUGGACUAAUUUGUUGUACGUCAACUCGAUCUAUCCACUUACCAUGAGUAACGAAUGUGCAGCAUGGACGUGGUACUUAUCAGACGAUUUCUUGUUCUAUGUCUUUGUAGCACCCCUCUUUGUCGCUGCAUACAAACAUUCCAAGACUCUAGGAUUCUCCCUAGCCAUAUUUGGUGUAGUGGCCAGCACACUAUUAACAUACCAUCUCGAUGUUGUCUAUGAGGUUCUCUUGCCAAUCGACUACACUACACCACGCAACAUUGCCGCCUCCUUUGCCAGUGAUAUUUACCAAAAACCUUGGUGUCGAGUUGGUGCAUACCUCGUCGGCGUCCUACUCGCCUAUUGUCACGACAACAAGCUGUUUGUGGCGGUGGUCAAUACUGACCGCCAUCUUCGCCACGCCUUUUACGCCUUCUCGGCCUUCACGUCUGUGUUUCUCACCUUUAUCACAGCCUCUUACUUUAACCAGGGAUGGAGUAUCCACAGCACGGCCUUUUACAAUGCCGCAUCGCAUCCAUUGUAUGCUGUCGCCGCUGCUGUCUACCUCUUUACCUGUAUGGCCGGUCACGGUGGCUGUCUCGCCUGGUUCCUCGAGCGUCCCCUCUUUAAGCCACUCGCCACGCUCUCCUAUGCCGCCUAUCUCGUGCACGCUAUAGUCGUCUGGGUCAUCACCUUUAGUGCCUCGACGCUCUUUGCCUACUCGACCACCGCAUUCAUCUCGCUUGCCACCUCGGUCCUCGCCAUCACCUUUUUCUUUGCUCUCAUCCUCCACCUCACCAUCGAAAAACCUCUCAUCAAUUUAGAAAAAUUAUUCUUUAAAAUAAAUUAA